UAGCGGCAUAUUUAAAAUGGCGGAUUUCCGCCCUUCGAAAAUCGAAGUAAAAAGUAGAAAGUGUACAGAUGUUCUAAUUGAAGAAAUUAUAAUUUCGGCUACAGAAGCGACUACAAGUUCCUAUGAAAUUAAUGAAAACCAAAAAUGUCAAUGGGAAAAAUGUUUUAAAGAGGUUUAUGAGGGUGCUUUGCAUGAAUGUGUGUCCAUAGAUGGACAGUCAUGGAGUGAAAGUAAUGGUAACGAUACAACAGAGUUUGAACCUGUAGAUGUAGAGAAGAAAGAAUAUAUUAAUGGAGAACUAACUAAUCAGCUUCAUCAGACAGUUACAGAAGUUGCUUUAAAAAGGAAACAUUGUCCGUCAAGAUACAGGUCCUGUCUGUCCCGUCUUACUGCAAAACAGUUAUGUAAACUAGGCCAGUUAAAAGUUAUAUGUAAUCCUAAAACAGAGUCUUUAUCCCUACCAGAUAAUGUGUUAUCAUCAGAGGAAGUUUUAGAUCGUUUGAAAGACACAGAAUCUUGCUUGUCAUCCAUACUAAAAGUAUGUACAGUUUGA